AUGAACUCGAGAACUCCAAGAAGCCAGAAAUCGAACCAAAAUAAGUACAUUCCAAUCUUGGACUGCUAUUAUCCACAACGAAACCUCGGAAAAGAGAGCUACCAUCCGGCGUCGGUUUUAGUACCGAAUAAGACUCAUAGUUUCUCACAAGAAAAAACGCUGUUAGCUGGUCCAUCUGAUUCAGUAAAUCUGGAGCAGAAUUCGAAGAAACAGGUGAAUUUUGUUGCUGAUACGACGAAAGGAAAAAACUAUAGUGCAGCUUCGGUUAGAAGUCCACUUCUGGCAGACUGCGAUGCCAAGGAAGAAGGUUGCGACAAAGAGCAACAGAAUCGUCAUCUCAGUGAUAUCGAACUGUUACGACAAGUGUAUGAAGAGCUAAGACACAAGCUAAGCCAGAGGUCAGUUUGA